GCGGCCAGCGGCAUCAAUCAAAAUUAUUUUUUAUUAUUUCAUCCGCGUGCUGUUGUGUUGUUGCCCGCCUUCUCUCUCUCUCUCUCUCGCUCGGGGAUAGAGGCAGAGGGGAGGGCGGGGAGAGAGCGAGCGAGCGAGCCGCAGGAGAAAGGGCAGAAGGAUGCCCACAACACAACAAACUGCCUACCCUCGUUUCUCUUUUUCGAUUCUCCUCCGUGUGCCUGGAAGAAAGAAGCAGACGCCGAUCUUUCCUUCCGUCCUUCCUGAGCGUUAGGAGCAGGAGGUCUUAUUCAAUAUCUAACUCUGGAAAGAGGCAGGGAAGGGAGCUUUCUUCCAUCCAUCUCUUCUGUUUCGCAACGCCACCUCCCAAUCUGCCUGCCAACUGGAGAUCAUGAGAUAGGUUAUGGUGGUCAAGCCGCGAUCCAUUCCAAAAAGACAGGCAAUUUGUUGAUCGGUUUUCUAGGGUUGGGGUUUCUGGCCGUUGAUUGAUUAUUUGCUCUCUCUUCUUAUUUUAAGAGAAGAAAAAGGAAAAACCAAAACCAAAACAAGGUCUUCCACGGAGAAAGAAACGAUCUCCAAGGGCUGGGUUAGGUCUAGUGCCUCGUCGCAAAUGGAAGCCUCUGCAGCUGCUGCUGCUGCUGCUAAUUCGGAUACCUUCAGGGGUUCUCCCCCGAGUAGCACUAUCAAUUCUAGAAGAUUCGGAGUCCAGUUGUCUGCCUCCAAUUUGCUCCGUUCACCGCUUUCUACCUUGUUGGAGUACUCUGGCCUCCUGCGACCCAGGUCCCCUCCUAGUCACGCGGAAUCUGAUACCUCCUCCACGAACAGUACCAUCGGCGUUGGUUUCCAAGAUCGCAUUCAUAACGAUUCUCCUGUGUCUGGUGUUGGCGCUGGGGAGGUUUCUAUUAGGAUAAUUGGUGCCGGGGAACAAGAUCAUGAACUCGACAGGAUUGAGACUUCUUUGCCUUCUUCAACACUUGGCCAUCAGAAUGAAGCAUAUGCUCAUCCCAUUGGUAGAACAGCUUCUGCCUUGUCCCUUUCUUCAACACUGGAUGGCCAGGGAGAUUCGAGGAGUGAUCAGGGCGUAGGGGAGGGUGUGUCCCAGUCACUUAAUGGAGGAGAUGUUGAUGGGGAGGCUGCAGAUGGGUCUGCAUCUAAUGGAAGGGAUUCUUCUUACCAGAGAUAUGAUAUACAGCAGGCUGCCAGAUGGAUUGAGCAGGUGCUUCCGUUUUCUUUGCUUCUCUUGGUCGUUUUUAUCCGACAGCAUUUGCAAGGGUUUUUUGUUACCAUUUUGAUUGCUGCUGUGAUGUUUAAGUCAAAUGAUAUUUUACGGAAGCAAACAGCUUUGAAGGGAGAGAGGAAAAUAUCUGUUCUAGUUGGUAUCUCUUUGGCAUUCUUGCUUUAUGUCAUUAUUGUAUAUUGGUGGUAUCGGAAUGAUGAUCUUCUGUAUCCACUCAUUAUGCUUCCUCCAAAAGCUAUACCUUUUUGGCAUGCUGUCUUCAUCAUUAUGGUAAAUGAUACCUUGGUACGGCAGGCAGCAAUGGUUCUAAAGUGUAUAUUACUAAUUUACUACAAAAACAGCAGAGGACGAAAUUACCGUAAGCAGGGUCAAAUGUUAACUUUGGUUGAGUAUCUGGUACUGCUCUAUCGUGCCUUGUUACCAGCACCUGUCUGGUAUCGUUUCUUCUUGAACAAAGAAUAUGGGAGCCUUUUUUCGUCAUUAAUGACGGGUCUCUACUUAACUUUCAAGCUCACAUCUGUAGUUGAGAAGGCCCAAUCCUUUUUUGCUGCUUUAAAGGCAUUGUCCCGCAAAGAGAUUCAUUAUGGCGCUUAUGCAACGUCAGAGCAGGUCAGUGCAGCUGGUGAUCUGUGCGCUAUCUGCCAGGAAAAAAUGCGUGCUCCUAUCUUAUUGCGUUGUAAACACAUAUUUUGUGAAGACUGUGUUUCAGAGUGUUCUCAGAGAUCAAUGGAUACGGAAGACGCCAUGAAUCAACCAGAUCAAGUGGGAAGCCUUUUUCCGGAAUCAAUGAACGAAUUAGAACAGAAUUUCGUUAUUCAGAAAGCCAAGUAUAAUGUCACUGAGCUGUCUCGACCAUCCACAGCCGCUGAUGAGGAAGCUGCUUCUCUAUGGCCUAUAACUCCAGAUUCACAGAAAGAGAUCGGGGACUUUCUAUUUGAUCUGUCUUCUCCACUAACAUUGGUUUCUUCCUCUAAGAAGUUUGUCUGCUUUGAUUCCCCCCCGAAUGAUGACUCGUCCGCUUCUGUCAAUGGUAGCCUCAGUACCCCAAAGGAGGGCGUUUUUAACCCAUUUGCUCCAGGUCCAGAUGAGCUUAUGCUGGCUCCCCGUUGUAAGAAGUUUAUGGAAGAUUCAUGCAGCAAAGUUUCUCGACGGCUGGAUUUUGACUCUUCUAUAAAGUUCUCCCUAAAUGGAAAUUAUGAAACUGAUGCUGAAACCAUGCCAGGUGAUGAAAUAUUACUUGAAACCAUGUACGGGACACUUUUGGAAGCCAUUGUUACAAAGCAGACCGAGGGGCUUCUUGCUGAAAUUUUACCUCAGGAUCCUGGUACUGAUGGGCUUAAGACCCCUAAUUUUGCAAUUCGUCUUAGUGGGAUUGCUGAAACCUGUCCAGGUGCUCCUAGGAAGGGGACAAGAAAAUUAAGGAACAUUAGCCAAAGUUUAUGCAGAAAGCUCGAAUUCUGAUCUUGGGUUAUGCAGAAAGUUAAACUUCAAAUACUGGUGAUGACAUACUCUUUUUGAGAUCUACAGAUAGUUUGAUUUUGAUAAUUGUAAUGCUCACUCAGGUUGUCAUGGAUUGACAUUCUUGUAAGUCUUGUUCCUUUGAAACAGUAACAUGCUUUCCUUUUGUUGCAAUUA